AAGUAACUUUGUAGGUGUGUGAUUAGCAUGACACACGCAUGUGUACGGAAGUGUAGGCGUAUUCUCAUCAGGUGCAAAUCGUGCAUUUUCGUAACUGUUCGGCACUCGUUCAACGUUCUUCGGCGCUCGCUCACAUCGCGUUCAGUGGCGUUCAGUGGCGUUCAGUGGCAUUCAGUAUUGCACGGCGUUUGGUUAUGCGUAGCGUUACUUUGGUGUCUAUAGUAUUGUGUACAGUCGACUUUCCAACGUGUACUUCAAAAAAACAAAGUCGUCGAGAAAUUUACAUUUUUUGUAAAGAAACAUUUCUUGAAUAAUUUUCAUUACCAAACUUCGAAUUUAUUAAAAAUGGUGAUUUUUUCAUGAUUCAAUCAGCGAUACGUAUCAAUCGUCUUUGUAUGAAGGAAAAGAGAGGUCAUCGUUGCAUUCGUCUUUGCGUUCAUUCGUUCGGAUUGGUACUUAGUGAUCUACUGUAUGAGAUGAAAAUGGCUCUUCGUUGUAGCAUGAUACAAUCAUAGUACAUAGAAAAGUAAUACAAAAAUGGCGGAAGCUCAUUCAGCCGUCGCCUUCAGUUUUUCCAUCACCCACGAAGGAUGGGACGUGAACUUCGAUCGAGAAGUGCUGAAUCUCGUUUGGUUAUCCGGUGUACGCUCCUGGAAGAAGAGAUUCUUUAGAUUUAUGAAUAACUUGAAAAGCGGUGUAUAUCCAGCAUCUUUAGGAAGCCUCUGGCUUACCAUAGGUAUUGUUACUGCAAUUCAUUUCGCGGGCUACAAAGUUCCUUACGAUCUCGUUGGAAAAGUUACACCAUAUCUUUCAGGAUCUUUAAUACUCGCACAUCUAGCUGGUUCGUUCAUGAUCGGACUUCUCUUGUGGUUGGUCGUUAUAUAUAUGUUACGAUAUUUACUGAAGCUGCUGUUGAUCUACAAAGGCUGGAUGUACGAAUUAAGAGGCAAACAAAAAAAAUUAUCGAGAAUGACACAGAUAUGGCUUCUUUUCGUAAAACUGCUGUCUGGUUGGCGCAAACCCAUGCUUUACAGCUUUCAAGGUUCGCUGCCUCGUCUACCACUUCCUUCGGUAGAAGAUACGAUGAAACGGUACCUCCGAAGCGUUAGACCUCUAUUGGACAAUGAAAAUUAUACUCGUAUGGAGAGAUUAGCGAAGGAAUUUCAAAAUGGUAUAGGCGUGAAACUUCAAAGAUAUUUAAUACUUAAGUCUUGGUGGUCUACCAAUUAUGUAUCUGAUUGGUGGGAGGAAUACGUUUACCUUCGAGGUAGAUCGCCGCUUGUUAUAAAUUCAAAUUUCUACGGAAUAGAUGCUAUUCUUAUGCAUCCAACUACGAAUCAAGCUGCACGUGCCGCCAGCACUAUUCAUUUUUGUUUACAAUACAGACGGCUUAUUGAGCGUCAACAACUUGAACCAAUUUUACUGCAAGGUAUAAUUCCUUUAUGUUCCUGGCAAUAUGAAAGACUAUUUAAUACCACAAGGCUUCCUGGUAUUGAAACAGACAAAAUAGUUCACUAUCAAGAUUCUAAGCAUAUAGUUGUACAUCACAAAGGAAGAUAUUUCAAAGUUCUUAUUUAUUACAAAAAUAGAAUUCUUUUACCAUGUGAAAUAGAAAUACAAAUUCAACAAAUUUUGGAUGACAAAUCUGAACCACCAGAAAGUGAAGAAAAAUUAGCUGCACUGACAGCUGGAGAGAGAAAACCUUGGGCAGAAGUCAGAAACGAAUAUUUCGCGAAAGGAAUAAAUAAAGUUUCCUUAGAUAUAAUAGAAAAAUCGGCAUUCAUUGUCGUUUUAGAUGAUUUUCCAUACGAAUACGAUCCUGAACAUCCUGAAAAGUUAGAUAAUUAUGGUCAAAUUUUGUUACAUGGUAAAGGCUAUGAUAGAUGGUUCGAUAAAUCUUUUACUUUGUGUAUUGGAAGUAAUGGAAGGAUCGGUUUUAAUGCAGAACAUUCUUGGGCAGAUGCUGCGGUGAUGUCACAUUUAUGGGAAUUCUUAAUAUAUGAAGAAGCCUGCAACCGAGAGGCUGAUGCUCCUGUUAUGGGAUCUCUCUGGGAAUAUGUUAUUGCUAAUACUAUGGAAAAAGGAUAUAAAGAAGACGGACGUAACAAAGGUACUCCAGAAUUUAUACCACCAAGCCCUACUCGACUUCAAUGGGAUUUGUCUUCAGAAUGUAUUGAAUGUAUAAAUCGUUCUAAUGAGAUUGUACAAAAAUUAAUAAAUGACAUUGAGUUACGUAUCUAUGUACACGAUGAAUACGGUAAAGGUUUUAUGAAAGCUAGUGCAAUGUCACCAGAUGCAUAUAUACAAAUGGCUUUACAACUAGCAUAUUAUCGUGAUGCUGGAAAGUUCAAUCUCACUUACGAAGCUUCCAUGACAAGACUAUUUCGUGAAGGCAGAACAGAAACUGUUAGACCAUGCACUAUUGAAUCUGCUGCAUGGGUAAAGGCCAUGGAAGAUAAGAAUGCAACGUUAGAUAACAAGUAUAGAUUACUACUAGCAGCAGGACAACAGCAUCAAAAAAAUUGUCAGGAUGCUAUGUGUGGCAAGGGUAUAGAUAGACAUCUUUUCUGUUUAUAUGUAGUGUCUAAAUAUCUUGAAGUAGAUUCUCCAUUUUUGAAGGAAGUCUUAAGCGAACCUUGGCGAUUAUCUACAUCUCAAACUCCACAUGGACAAACAUCAAAAUUGGACUUGAAGAAAUACCCUGAUUGUAUCUCUGCUGGUGGUGGAUUUGGUCCUGUUGCCGAUGAUGGUUAUGGGGUUUCUUACAUUAUUGCUGGAGAAGAUGUUAUAUUCUUUCAUAUCUCUAGUAAACGUAGCUCACUAGUAACGGAUGCUGCUAGAUUUGCACGCCAAAUAGAAAAGGCAUUUGCUGAUAUGAAAAAAUUGCUUUUAGAAAGGAAAAAAGUUCAACAGCACAAAAAUGGCUCCACAUAA